AUGGCAUUCGCGAGGUGCGACACUGUUUUAAUGUUCGAUGUUGGUGUUGGAGGAGCUGCUGAAGUGCUAGGGCGACGCGACAUGGUCAAUGUAAGCAUCGUUUUGGAGGUUAAUGGAACGACCAUGAGCCUCGUCUACCGAACCUCAAAACUCGGUUGCCUGCAGGCGAGGAGCAUGGCAACUGCCAUAGGUCGAAUUAUAUCUACUCUGGUAGAGCGACCAUUGACACCAAUCCGUGAUCUGGACAUAUGCGACGACAAAGACAUGAAUAUUUUCAAACAGUGGAACAACGUUGAAACAUCAUGGGAAGAAAAGCGCGUCCAUGAUUUGUUUUCCAGGCAAGUCGCCGAUCAUUCAGACAAUGUGGCUGUUGACGCCUGGGAUGGUCAUUUUACCUACUACGAACUGGACCGACUGUCUUCAAGUCUCGCAGAGUACCUAAUGGACUUGGGUGUUGCAUCCGAGACUUUUGUUGCUCUUUGCUUUGAAAAGUCAAAGUGGCUUGUUGUGUCCAUUCUUGCUGUCAUCAAAGCUGGGGGCGCAUAUGUUGUCAUCGAGCCAUAUUACCCCCGUGCCCGCAUGACAGACAUCUGCAACCAACUUGAAAUCGAUGUCAUGCUGGCAAGCCAAGAUUUUCUCCAUAUAGCAAGUGGUCUCUCCAAUCGGGUUGUGGUUGUUGAACCAGGUUCUGAGUACUUUCACGAAGGCCAGAGUGGAUGCAGACAAAGAGAAAGACAAUCUCCCAGCACGCCUCGGAACGCACUAUACGUUGUGUUUUCAUCGGGAUCUACCGGCAAGCCAAAGGGAAUUGUUGUUGAGCAUGCGGCAUUUGUUAGCUGGGGCACAACUCUGAAGCAGUCACUUCGUUUGGAUGCGCAUUCUAGGGUGCUUCAAUUCUCGAGCUUCGCUUUUCUCAUAGCUCACAGAGAUGUUCUGCUUACGCUCAUGUUUGGAGGGUGUGUUUGCAUGCCGUCCGAAUCGCAGCGACUCAACCACCUCGAGACCUUCAUUACCGAGUUUCGGGUCAACUGGGCUAACCUUACGCCCUCUGUGGCUGCCCUGCUCGAUCCAGAUAUGGCAACUGGACUACAGACAUUGCUUUUGACUAGCGAGCCGAUGUCUCUCUCUAGCCUCACCACGUGGGCUGGCAAAGUGAAUCUUCUUUUUGCAUAUGGUCAGUCCGAGAGCGUCAGUCUCUGCUGUGUAAAUGAGAACCCUCAGAUUGGCUCUGACAGGAAGAAUGUUGGCCAUAGGAUUGGAAGAUCAGUCUGGCUCGUUGAUCCUGACGAUCACGACAGGCUGGUACCUAUGGGAGCUGUCGGCGAAUUGGUCAUUCAAGGACCGAUACUGGCACGUGGCUAUAUCGAUCCAGAGAAAACGGCGCAAGCCUUUCUUCAAGAUGCGUCUUGGCUACGAAAGUUACGGCCAGAAUACAGCGGGCGACUAUACAAGACAGGGGACCUAGCGCAGUUUGCCGACGACGGCUCCAUCCGGUAUAUCGGCAGAAAAGACAGCUCUGUCAAGCUAUAUGGACAGCGACUUGACUUGGAUGAGGUAGUAUGCCAUGUUGAGAAUUGUCUGAAAGCAAUGUCAGAUACUGCAGUUUCCAAUGUGGUUGUGGAUCUAUCCCACGUUCCUCACUUCAACGACAUAAAAUUGACGGCUUUUCUCGGAUUCGGCCUCACUUCGCCAGAUACAAGCAGUCCCGUUCACUUAGGACCCCUGGAUAAGGCUUCUGACUACCUCCGGGAGUUCAAAUCUCGUUUAGCCGAUGCUGUCCCUCGGUACAUGAUCCCGGCUCUAGUCAUUCCAGUAACCCGCAUACCACUCAACCUUUCGGGCAAAACCGAUCGCAGAAGGUUGAACGAGAUACUUUCUCUCAUGAGCGUUGUGCAAUUGAAUUCAUGUAUUGAAUCCAAUGUCAGUCAUGAGGUUCCGCGUACGGCUCAAGAGUGGAAGCUCCGCACGCUGUGGUCGCAAGUGUUGAACACUGCGGAGUCGAGUAUCGGAAGACUCGAUGACUUCUUUCGAAGGGGAGGUGACUCGCUCGCGGCGAUGAAACUUGUCUCUAUCGCGCACACAAACGGGUUUGCCUUGAGCUUUAGUGACAUUUUUGCGCAUCCGCAGCUCUUCAAACAAGCAGAUCAUUUCGAUUCCGCACCGAGGCAUGCACGAAACAAAUACUGCUGUGCUCCUUUUGGCUUGAUAACAGAGAGCCGGAAACAAAUUAUACUUGCAAUGGCAGUCGAAAAAUACGGAUUGUCGGACUUACAGGUUGAGGAUAUUUAUCCAACCACACCCAUGCAGGAAGGCCUCAUCGCGCUCAACGAUCUUCGGCCGGGUUCCUAUGUGUCACAACGAGUCUACAAAAUUGAAAGCGACGUUAAUCUUUGCAAAUUGGAGGCAGCCUGGAGGCACACCAUAGAUGCAAAUCCCCCGUUGCGAACUCGUCUCGUACGGUGCUCUGAUAACGGUUCAACGUAUCAGCUCGUCGUCCGCAACCAGACGACGUUUAACAUCAACCAUGAUUUGAACAAGUAUCUCGCGAACGAUGCGGCCAAAUCAAUGAGUCUUGGUACACCCCUGGUGCGGCUCGCGAUUAUUUCCAACGUCAAAGAGGCACCGAACUUUUGUGUCGUCACGAUGCAUCACUGCAUAUACGAUGCUUGGUCAAUGGCCCUGUUGCUGAGGCAGGUUCGUGACGCGUACCACGGAAGUCUUUUAGCUCCACAAACAUUUAGAGAUUUCGUCGAAUAUGUUUACCAGGCAAACCACGACUCAGCUGAGUAUUGGAAAGCCGAAUUAGCAGAUAUACGUGCCGAAGCGUUUCCGGCCUUGCCGUCUCAAACCCACUCCCCCAAUACUACUGGAUCAGAAACAUUGAAUACACAGCUGCCUCCGAGCGGCGCAUCAGCCGCCAAUAUAACGCUUGCAACCUGCAUACAGCUAGCGUGGGCUGCAACGAUGGCCAGUUACACCGGCAUCAAUGAUGUAGUGUUUGGCCUGACAGUUUCUGGCAGAGCAUCGCCGGUACCAGGAAUUGACAAGAUGGCUGGUCCUACGAUCGCAACAUUCCCUUUACGCGUUCGAUUGCGACCAGGCGUAUCAGUACAGGAAGAGCUCUUGGCCUUGCAGAAUCAUGUGAUAUCGACAAUACCAUUUGAACAUUUUGGGCUACAGAACAUUAGUCGUCUGGGAGACAACGCAGCCAAGGCAUGCAAGUUUCAGAGUCUCCUGGUAAUCCAGCAGAGCCAAUUUCCAUCCGAAGAGAAGUGCGAGCUUUUUGUCGCUACCGAGGAUCCUAUGCUUCGGCCGACGUGGGAUACAUAUGCGCUGUCCAUUUUGUGCAAUCCCGCUAUUGAUGGUAAUAUCCAUCUUGAGGCCGUCUAUGAUGAUUAUGUGGUGCCCAAAGCCCAGGCGAAACGCAUACUACAAGUAUUCGCAGCUGUUCUCAAGCAGAUAGUUUCAUCACAGGAUAUACUCGUGGCUGACAUUGAUGGUAUCAGCACUGAGGAUCUGCAGCAAAUUCAAGCCUGGAACAAGUCGGUCUCUCCGGCUGUUACCGAGUGUAUCCACGACAUGAUCCACGACCGUGCUGCGUUUCAACCAGAAGCUACCGCGAUUGAUGCCUGGGACGGUAAGUUUACAUACAAAGAACUCGACGAGCGAUCGUCGGUGCUUUCGGGGAUCCUUGUGGGACACGGCCUACGCCAGGAGAAUUUUGUCCCCCUCUGCUUGAAAAAGUCGAAAUGGGUAGCCGUGGCUAUCUUAGCAGUCGCCAAAGCGGGCGGCGCGUUUAUACUCCUAGAUCCUGUCCACCCAACUGAACGUCUUAUGUGGAUUUGUAGAAACGCACAGGCGCCCAUGAUUCUUUGCGCAAAGGACACGGCUGGCUUAGCAGCUGAGCUUGGCUGUCAGCGUGUCAUCCAGGUGGACGGAAGCAACACUCAAUAUGACACAGUCUCGCCGUUCAAUGGUAUAUACCAGACCAGCCGGACACUCCCUGGAAAUGCCGUAUGCGCCAUAUAUACUUCGGGUUCGACGGGAGCUCCCAAAGGGGUUGUCAUCGAGCACUCGGCCUUGGCCACUCAAGUUACCUCCUUGGGUCCUGUCUAUGAGCUGAAUCCUCGGUCACGGAUUUUUCACUUUGCAUCUCAUGCGUUUGACAUUGCUGUCUCUGAUUACUUGUUUGGCCUGGCAACUGGUGCGUGUAUAUGCGUCCCGAAGGAAGCGGACAGCCGAGACAAUCUAGCCAGUGCCAUGAGAGAAUGCAGGGCAAAUUGGGCUUUCCUGACACCAUCGGUAGCCCGAACGUUGAGUCCCUCUGCGGUACCCGAUCUUCGGGUUUUGGUACUUGGCGGUGAGUCCGCUAGAGCAGCAGACUUUCGCACUUGGUCACGCGCCGUCAGGCUACUCUACGUGUAUGGUCCUGCUGAAUGCUCGAUCUAUAGCACAGUUCAGGUCAUAAGGCAGCCUGAAGCAAAUCCUGUGAAUAUCGGAAAAGGUGUGAAUGGCACAUGCUGGCUGAUAGAACCCAAUAAUCCGGAGAAACUCGUUGCCAUUGGGGCAGUUGGCGAAUUACUGAUCGAGGGCCCUCUGGUUGGUCGUUGCUACCUUGGAGAUAAGGACAUCCAUUCUUCGUCGUUCAUUCGAUAUCCGAAAUGGCUACAGGCUCUACGAGGAAGCAAACCAGUUAACAGGCUGUACAGAACUGGAGACAUGUUGCGGUACAGCCCCGUGGGCGACGGGUCGCUGGAAUUUGUUGGCCGGAAAGACAAUCAGGUAAAGCUCCAUGGGCAGAGAAUGGAGCUUGCAGAGAUUGAACAUCACGUUGCGCGAUCUUUUCCCGCAGCUACCGACUCCAUAGUGGGAAUUAUUACGCCCCUAGGCUCGACCGACCAGAAAAUACUUGCCGCUUUCAUCUGGGACGCCACCAUUACUGCAGAAAAGCACCCAGUUCAAAGUCCCAGGACGCUGCAUGAGUCAAGCCUCUUUGCUGGACAAAAUGAAGCUUUCAAAUUGAGAGUAACCUCAGCAGAGGCAGAGCUACGGAAGAGCUUACCUCGCUUUAUGAUCCCUUCAUUAUGGAUUCCACUGGCAAAGUUUCCCCUCUCUCACAAUGGCAAAGCCGAUCGGCGACUUAUCAAAAACCAAGCUGCUCUGCUUUCCAUGCGCGAGCUCGGCAUCUACCAGAGCUUUGGGUCAUCCAACAAGAGACCCCCAUCUACUGAGUCGGAAAGCAGGAUACACCAGCUCGUCGCCGAUGUACUUGGUCUAAGUUUCCGAGACGUGGGACUGGACGACAACUUUUUCCAGCUUGGAGGUGACUCUAUCAAAGCCAUGAUCAUGUCUACACGAGCAGGUGACAUGGAUUUGAGACUAGCGGCAGCAGAUAUCCUGGCAUAUCCUCGUCUUUGUGAUAUGGCAGAGGCCGCCACUCACGCGAGCGCCAACAAAACCUUCUACUUCGAGCAGCAUCCUCCACCACCACCUUUCUCGCUACUUCCAACAGAGCACAACCGCGAUGAACUUCUGCAAGAGCUAUCAGAACAAUGCAGAAUAGACAGAGAUGGCAUUGAUGACGUAUAUCCGUGCACGCCACUACAAGAAGGCUCACCCAAGAUCUGGAUGUGGACCGGUUUCAAGACGCGAGAGACACCGUAA